ACAAUGAGAGAACCAGAAAUCACAGAGGACAGGACCAUCAUUGAGAAUAAACAAGAAAGAGGAAUUUUACCAUCAAGUUUUGCCUGGGUCAGAGUUUGCAGUGAAAGUGCCUGCCUUCUGCCAGACUUGGUCUCUGUUUGCCACAUUUCCCCUAUGACUCUGGUUCUAGUAGAAGGUGCGACACUCCCUACCCCCAUCCCACACCAUCCUAACUAGUUCCGGCUUCGGGGUGAGGUUCCAGACGCGGCCGAUCUGAAUUCUAAGGCACUCAGCCGGCGGUUACCUUCCCAGAGAUGCGAUGCCCUCAACCUCUGGGUUGCCAGGGUUACAGACGACGUUAUGCUUUAUCCAGCUCUAUAUCGGAAAGCUUUUUUGUAGUCUGGAGAGAGGAAUAGGGUCGAGACUGAUACAGAGGGACCUUUUGGUGCCAUCAUGAUGAAGUUUUUUGGGUCCAUAAAAAAGAAAGUACAGUUGUCCUCUUCGCCUUCUUUCGACCAAAGUGAGAGCAGCAGCAGCAUCAAGGGUGCAGAGAGUAGCAGCUCCAUCCUCACUCCCCCAAACGCCCAAGGGUAUUGCAUCCGGUGUAAGGACCUGGGCAAACUUCACAAAGCUGCGUCUGCUGGGGACCUGGAGAAGGUGCAGCAUCAUCUGCAGUACAAGAAACACGACCUGGACAAGCGGGAUAAAGAACAUAGACAGCUGCAAGUAAUGAGAGCAAAAGAUAUGGAGAUCAACGACCAAGGGUGGAGGCAUACCUCCACCACAAUCUUUGUGUCUCUCCCUGGGACACCUUUGCACCUGGCUUGUGCUAAUGGAUAUCCAGAUGUUGUGUCCCUCUUAGUGGCGAGAAAAUGCAAAUUAAAUAUCCGAGACAGUGAAAAUAGAUCUCCUUUGAUUAAGGCAGUACAAUGUCAGCAGGAAAAAUGUGCAACUAUUCUUCUAGAUAAUAAAGCAGAAACCAAUCUUAUGGAUAUCAACAAAAACACUGCCCUUCACUAUGCUGCUUGUGGGCAUAAUGUGUCAUUAGUGAAUAAACUGAUUGAACAUAAAGCCGACAUUGAAGCACAAAAUAAGAAUGGGCACACACCACUUCUACUUGCUGUUACUGAAAAUAACCCAGAAAUGGUGGCCACUCUCUUGAAGAAAGGAGCAGAUGUGAAUGCUUCAGAUAAGUUACAGAGAACGGCCCUUAUGCUUGCUGUUGGUGGUGAACCGAUUGGUAUAGUCAGUCUUCUCCUACAACAUGAUGUUGACCUGUCUCGCCAAGAUAUUUAUGGAUUGACAGCUGAGGAAUACGCUACUUGUAGUGGUUAUUCAAUUCAUCAUGAACUAAUUUCUCAAUAUAAAAUUCAGAAGAACCUUAACAAACCCAUUUUUCCUGAAACGAGGUAUCCAGAGAGGAUUUCUGCUAUUAAGUUUUCUUAAGUGGUUCUACCACAAUCAAAGGAGGAGGCAAGGACAAAGCAUAAAAGUAGGAAGGUCAGCUUUUCUGGGUGGCCAACAUCCCAAACAAGAGAAAUUAGGUGUCAUUUUCUUUCUGGUUCAGUGUUACUGAAGUUCUUUUAAUUUUCUUAAAUAGAUCUUUCU